AUGGCCGACUCAAAGGAAGCGGCCGCUGCCGCCGAAUCUCACCCGGCCGUAAGAUCGCAUUCUGAUCUUUCCGAAAGCGCCCAUACCCCCGUACCAACUACAGAGCGCCCCGGUGGAUGGAUGUAUCGUGGUGUAAAGGUUGGGAAGAAUGAGAUUUGGUAUGCGUCGCCAAAGGUUCAGCUUGUGAUGGUAGCGUUGGUGUGUUUUAUGUGCCCUGGCAUGUACAAUGCGUUGGGUGGUCUUGGUGGUGCUGGUUUGAGUAAUGGAACCGUCCAGGAUCAUGCGUCUACUGCUCUCUACUCUGUCUUCGCCGUUGUCGCCUUCUUUUCCGGCUCUGUUGCGAACAAACUCGGUAUCAGGAUUACUCUGGCCAUCAGUGGUCUUGGUUACUGCAUUUACACCGGUAGUUUGUUGUGCUACGUCCACACCGAAAACGUUGGAUUCGUCAUCUUUGCUGGUGCAUUUUUGGGUCUUUGUGCCGGUUUGCUUUGGACUGCACAGGGUGCUAUUAUGAUGGCUUACCCUCCCGAGCAGUCCAAGGGCCGAUACAUUAGUUGGUUCUGGAUUAUUUUCAACCUCGGUGCUGUCAUUGGUAGCUUGAUUCCCUUGGGUCAGAACAUCAACAACUACAGCGGUACCGUCACGGAUGGUACCUAUGCGGCAUUCAUCGUUCUGAUGUUUGUUGGUGCUUGUCUCACGUUGUUCCUCGUCAAUGCUGACAAGGUCAUCCGUGAAGACGGCUCCAAGGUCAUCAUGAUGAAGAACCCCACUUGGCAGAGUGAAUUAAUUGGUCUUUGGGAGUGUAUCUCUCUUAGCCCCUGGGUUGUUGCUCUGUUCCCCAUGUUCUUCGCCUCUAACAUCUUCUACACUUACCAACAGAACGGGCUCAACCUCGCUCACUUUAACACUCGUGCCCGUUCAUUGAACAACUUGCUCUACUGGCUCGCUCAGAUUUUUGGUGCCGUUAUCGUUGGAUACGCCCUCGAUAUCUCCAAGGUUCGCCGAUCAACGCGUGCCAAGAUCUCUUUCGUUGUGCUUUUUUCUCUCACCUUCAUCAUUUGGGGUGGUGGUUACGCAUGGCAACGAAACCAGGUCUCACGAGCAGUUGCCACAGACCCGGCGUAUGAGUCACAGAAGAUUGACUGGACUGACCCGAAAUUCCUUGGGCCUAUGUUCCUUUACAUCUUCUAUGGUUUCUACGACUCCGUCUGGCAAACGUGCAUCUACUGGUACAUGGGAGCUCUCUCUAACUCCGGCCGAAGAACUGCCAACAUGGCUGGUUUCUACAAGGGUCUCCAGUCCGCCGGUGCUGCUGUCUUCUGGCGCUUGGACGGCAUUGGCAUCGAGUAUAACAGACUCUUUGCCGUUACUUGGGCCGUCUGUGCUGGUGCUCUCUUAGUCGCUGCCCCGAUCAUCUUCUACAAGAUAAAAGACAGCACGGACAUAGAAACCGAUCUCAAAUAUUCGGACGAGGUAGCAGAGGAAGUUAUGGCUCCUACCGCAAUUAACGAGAAGCAUGCGGAUAUCUGA